AUGCAGAACAGUCACAGUGGAGUGAACCAGCUCGGUGGAGUGUUUGUAAACGGUAGACCUUUGCCAGAUUCUACCAGGCAGAAGAUAGUGGAGCUGGCACACAGUGGAGCAAGACCCUGUGAUAUUUCAAGAAUUUUGCAGAGCCAUGCAGAUGCAAAAGUGCCAGUGCUGGAUAGUCAAAACGUAUCAAACGGUUGCGUGAGUAAGAUUUUAGGGAGAUAUUACGAGACUGGAUCGAUCAGACCUAGAGCCAUCGGGGGAAGCAAACCUAGGGUGGCCACUCCAGAGGUGGUCAGCAAAAUAGCCCAGUAUAAAAGAGAGUGCCCCUCCAUCUUUGCCUGGGAGAUACGAGACAGGUUACUGUCCGAAGGCGUCUGCACCAACGAUAACAUCCCUAGUGUAUCGUCAAUAAACAGAGUAUUGCGCAACCUGGCUAGCGAGAAGCAACAGAUGGGCGCAGAUGGCAUGUAUGACAAGCUGAGGAUGCUGAACGGACAGACAGGGACUUGGGGGACACGGCCUGGUUGGUAUCCGGGUACAUCGGUGCCAGGCCAGCCUACGCAAGAUGGAUGCCCACAGCAAGAAGGGGGUGCAGAAAACACCAACUCCAUCAGUUCUAACGGUGAAGACUCAGAUGAGGCACAAAUGAGGCUUCAGUUGAAACGAAAACUUCAAAGGAACAGAACUUCAUUUACCCAAGAACAAAUAGAGGCCCUAGAAAAAGAAUUUGAACGAACCCAUUAUCCUGAUGUGUUUGCCAGAGAAAGAUUAGCUGCCAAAAUAGAUUUGCCAGAAGCUAGGAUACAGGUAUGGUUCUCGAAUCGACGAGCAAAAUGGAGAAGAGAAGAAAAGCUACGGAACCAGAGACGACAAGCCAGUAACACACCGAGUCACAUUCCUAUCAGUAGUAGUUUCAGCACUAGUGUCUACCAGCCAAUCCCGCAACCAUCUACUCCAGUGUCAUCAUUCACAUCAGGUUCCAUGUUGGGAAGAACAGAUACAGCCCUUACAAACACAUACAGUGCGCUGCCACCUAUGCCUAGCUUCACCAUGGGAAAUAACCUUCCUAUGCAAGUCUCAUUUCCCCUGGAGUGUCAGUCCCAGUACAAGUACCCGGCAGUGAACCUGACAUGUCUCAGUACUGGCCAAGACUACAGUAAAAACCGUUAUUUUAUAAAAAAAAUAACUAAAUCAAAACUGAGAACUGUCUUGGGAUAUAAUACAAAAAAAGACUUCUCUGCACAGGAACUGUGUAACGAUACUAUUGGGAAGGACUGCACAAACGGACAUUUGCACAUUCAGAGCAUUAUAUCAUUUGGAUCAAAUCUUCAUUUUGAUAUCCAAACUUUUAUCCAUUUGAUGUACUCUUUGUAA